UCUGCUCUCGUCUGGAAUCUGGAUGCCCAUUGGCCACAGCCACAAGACCCGCUCGCCAUAAGUCUCCGGCUCUAGCCUCUCUUCUGGUCACCGGCCGGCCCCUCCCCCUCCUCGCCGGACUUCGCGCUCCAGCUCCACGCUUCUCUCCCCGUUCCCAUCCGACCAUCCAGGCGAAGCGAGCCAUGGGCAGCAUCUGCGAGUACGAAGAGUGGAACUGGACCAAGAUUGCCAUCUGGGCGGCGAUCCUGCUCGUGCUCGGGGGCGUCCUCGUCGUCCUCAUCCUCGCCUUCGCCGUCAUCAAGCCGCCCACGGCCAAGGCCGAGGACGCCCUGCUCACGCGCUUCGACCUCGCCCCGUCCCCCAACGCCUCCAAUUCCACCACCGCCAAGUCGCCGCUCCAGCUGCUGUCCUACAACGCGACGGCGACCGUGUCGAUGCGCAACCCGAACCUGCACUACGCCAUCAGCUACAGCACCCUGGCGGUGGCCUUCUCCUUCAACGGCACCCGCUUCGACGAGUCCGGCACCGUGGCGGCGCUGGACCUCGGCGCCCGGAAGGAGACCACGCUGCGGCUCAAGGUGGGCGGCGUCGACCGGGCGCUGCCGAAGCUGCCGCCGGCCGGCGCGGCGGAGUUCGCCAGGCAGAAGGAGGCCGGCCGGUUCGAGGUGGAGGUGCGGCUGGACACGGUGAUGCAGUAUAAGGGGCGCAAGACCAAGUGCCCGCUGGCCGUCAUCUGCCCGGUGAGCCUGCAGCUCGUCGACCCGGACGUCGCCGCCACCUCCUUCCAGAAGACCAAGUGCACCAUCCUCCGGGCCAAGAUCUCCGGAUGCUAGCCUAGCCCCCGCGCUCGCCAUUGCCACCAGCUAAUUUCCUUGGAUUUCGUUUCGUGCUGUAAAAAAAUGUACUGUGCUAGUGCUGGUGCAGAACAAGCAUCAAUUCUGCUCCUCUUUCGCAUGGGAAAACAUGGGAUCUUCAUUUGUUGUUGGUCGAUUAGAUUUGUUGUUGAUCUUCAUGCUUGGAAGAUUCGAUGCCAAUGUCAUGAUCAUCAAUCAAACUUGUUGCUUGCU